GGCGACAAGCGUCCGUAGCACAGUCAAUGCGUUAACCCAAUGACCCUGUCGCAUGGAAGUGACGUAGAGUGACGUAAAUAUCGAACACGGAAUUAAAUGUGAACGGCUGAAGAACGUACUGUGAUAUAUGAUCGGGUAGUGACAAUAUACACAUGCGAAACCCCGAUCGCUGCAGCGACCUCUGAUAAAGUGAUCCGCGUGAAGGCGUAAAGUGAAAGACGUUUAUUUCCUGUUUGCGUUUGUUAGCGCGCACCACGCCUGCACGUGGCUGUUUGUUUUUCAAUAUUGGACCUUUAUAACUCCGGACCGAGCUCCGUACACACGGAGACACACAUUACUAGGAGUAAGAUGGCUUUUUCGAACCUGUUCUCGAGGCUCUCCGCUGUGGAUGAAGGUGUGAAGAGUGCGGGUCAGCCUGCCGUCACGCAGCGGAAUGAGACUGGGGGAGGUGGAAAAAAGAGGAAAACGCAGUGCGAGCUGUUUGGAUCUCACAAAAAGAAGCCGUGUGUCCAAGCCCAGGGACCCAAAACUCGAAGUAACGUCAAAGCUGAUAACACAAAGGACAAAGGGCAUUUAAUGCAGAACAGCGAUGGUGAGCAAAGACUGAGCAAAGGCUUCAGUAACAGAGGCCGUCAAUCUCAAAGGCCGAAACAUCAGAAGAAGAAGAAGGAUGGACAGAAAGAUCCAUAUCAGCACAAGGAGGGACGGAGAGGGAGAUUUUUCCGUGGACAAGGAAGACCGAUGUCUGGGAGAGGUGGGAGAGGUGGGAGAGGCAGUGGACAUGAAAAUGACAUGAUGGACUUUCAAGUGAAGCCAAGGUUCAUGUCUCAGGAGUUCAAGGACCAGAAUGCGCUCUUGGUGGACGGGCGGUUACUUUGUCGACAUUUUCUUUAUGGACGAUGCAUAAAGGCUGAGAGUUGCCAGCUGGAACAUAUUCAGGGUUACAACGAUCUCAUCAAAGAAGUCUGUAAAUUUUACAUCCAAGGCUUCUGCACAAAAGGGGAGAGCUGUCCGUACAUGCACAAGUCCUUUCCUUGCAAGUUUUUCCACAGAAAAGGAAAAUGCUAUCAAGGAGAAGACUGCAGGUUUUCCCACGAGCCGCUUACUGACGUCACAGGAAAACUGUUGGAUGAGUUAUUAAAACGGCAACGUGACCUCUCUGAACUUGCAAAAAAAGCUGAGCAGGAGCCUUUGGGAGAGCCGGAGAGCAAAGAGGAGGCAGGAAUGACCGAAACAAACGGGACCCCCAAUGUUCUCAUGGACCCGCUCAGGCCUAACUUUUACCACAGCUCAGAUGCAGAUGCAGCUACAGAGGGGGAACCCUCAGUACACCAGAUAGAAGAAAUGGCCACAUUUACAGAUGAAGCUGUUCUUCAGCGUGCAGCAGACACCGCCCGACCUCACAGCCCUUCAUCAACCAGCAGUAACCGCCCGGAGCCAGUUUGUUAUUCAGUGGAAGCCAUGCUUGGACCUCAGCUGUUCAGGUCUUUCCCUAUCUUCUAUAAUACUCCUGAAAGCAAAGAAUCUACUACUCCUGGUGCAGAGACCACCUCCAAGGCCACUUUAGGCUCCACGACACAAAAGGAAGUUCCCUACUCGGUUGAUGCUGUCCUCAGGUCCUUAAAGUCAGUGGAAAAUUCAACCCUUGGUCAAAGACCUACUGCUUCAAGUGUAAAAACUGAGGAAAUCCCGGAUCCUCUCUUAAGUUCACAACAUCAAAUACAAAAAGUCUCACUGAGUACCAAACAUGAGCCAAACAAACCCCCCAAGAAAAUGUACAAGAGCCUGUCUUCCCUACAAGCGCACGGCAGCCUGAUUUCUAGCUCUGAUCUUACUCUUUCCUCUGGUACUCAGAAGCAAUGUGGAGCUAUGCCAGAGUCCCUGAAAUCUGCUGAAAUGGUUUUUCAUGAAGUUAAACUGGAGCGUUUGCAUCCUCCUGUUAUAGAUGAAGGUAAUCCUGCAUCUUCCAAAAGCAAAUCAGACAUGAAUGAAAGCUCACAGCUUCCUACAGAUAACACCUGUCCUCCCAAACAUCUCUCGGGUAUUUCUCCCUCUUCAGGUGUCUCAGAGUUUAAAAGCAGAACUUCUGCUCCUGUUGAACCUGCAGCUAGCUCCAUUAAGACGAGUGACUCUGCAAACAUUGCCGUUCAUCAUUUUGCAGGAAUGCAGCUUGCUGAGAUCCCUCGGUACCCAAGAAAGACAAAAUCUGUCUUCCAACCCGGUGCACAGAAACGCUGUUCUGCUAAAAUGUCACCACAGUGCAGCAGGGAGACUCCAACUCGAGCUGAUUGUUCAGCUGGAUGUAAAAAGACUCAGAAAAUCCCCUUCAGUUGCCUUUUUAAAAACCCAAUCACUGAGAGCGUGACACCGACACCUGACCCGGUGAGAGCCCCACAGUCUGCACAUUUCACAAGCAAAGAAGGACAUUUAAAAACUGAAGUCAAACCUGAGAAAAACUCUGCUGCUUCCUUCCUCAGCCUUUUUGCACACCCCCUCACUGAGACUUUGCCUCCCUGCAGUCAGGCGUCAGCUGAGAGUCCUUUUCAAAGCGUUUCUCAUGUAGUGUCGGCUCCUUUGUGCCAGGUCCAAACUGAUGUCAAACAAAGUCCUCAUAGUUGCUCCACAACCUCUGAAGCUGAGCCUGAUCCUGUAAAGCAGCCAGCAGGUCCAGCUUGCAGCAUCGUGCAGGAUUCAAUCAAGGAGACUUCCUCCAGUUCAGCUCCGGGUGGUCCGAAUCCAUCUGAAACUUCGGCACAGCAGCAACUGCCUGACGUCUCAUCGCCCAGACGGGCGCUAAAGGAUUCAGUCCUGAAAUCCCUGUUUGUGAGCCUGAGCCCAUACCAGGAGGAUGGAGAGCAGCGGGACGGCAUUCAGAUCAGUGAAAUAGAAAUGAGCAAUAAAGGUGGUGUUGGGCACACUUUUGGAAACCAACAGAGUGAAGAAAAGAAGCAUCCGACUGUUACAGUGUGGAGGAGAAGUAGAUGCUCUCCUCAGCCUAAUCAGCCUCCACAGGCAGUAAUGUUUUACAUCGACAAGGUUCCCACGUCCAGCAGUCGGCCCACCGUGAAGGCGUCUGCACGCUCAACAGACGACCAGCUUUCUUUUCAAACUCCUCAGAACUCCUCAGAGGUAACAGCUGGGCCGACCCUCAGCAGUCCAGGUGUGACCGAACCUCAGGUUAGAAACUCUGGCACGCACAAGCUGCCACUGGAACCAGCAACACCGGAGAUCAACCACCACACCGACCCGAGAGAGACGCACUGCUCUAGGAAAGAAAAGAGGGGGCGUGGGAGGGUGGGGGUGACUCCACUGAAGGACCUUUUUAAGACUCUGGACAGCGCUGUUUUCCACCUGGGACGUUAACGUUAGGUUUCCUCUGUUAAAAUCAUACUAGUGAUGGGACUGUGAGUGUGUACUAAACCUGCACAUUUGCUUGUUCAUCCAUGCAUCACCAAAGUUUUGACUAAAUCAUAUCGGUGCAUCAAACCAGAUUAUCCGUGUUCGCACAGGCCUGUCAGUCUGUUGGGGUUUUUUUGGAAAUGACACUAAAACUGACACUUUUUUCCUGCAGUGUUUAUUUUUUUUUGCUUUGUGAUCAGUCACGUAACUGUGUUCAGCGUCUGACACAUUUAAUUAAAUCCUGUGUUUUAA